GUACGUGCCAAUGUUUAUAUAAGACGAGAAAUAUUACACAGCAUGACAUUGACCACAUCAACAAUAUUCUCGAACUAUCUAAGAAAAUGAUGAAGUUGAAAUUGUUGGUUCUCGUGGUGAUUUUCACCAUCUAUGUUUCACAGUUUUCUUAGGUUCUUGCUAACUUAGACUGGAUUUCCACGGACAGUGAAAUGGUCGACAGCGAAUUAUUUGCACAAAUAACAGCAACUUAACAGCAUGGAUUACCUAAAAUCGACUGUUCUCAAUUCAAAAGAAAAUAUGCAAAUAAUUGAAUAGCUGAACCAAUUCUGUGCAAGUUGAGACAAGUUGAAAUCCAGCCUUAAUAAAUCCGACAGGAGGGUCCCGAAACUUUGGAGUAUCUGUGAAGAACAUUACUCGAAAAGCAGAAAACGAAACGUGCCAAGGAGGUGGAAAUGACUGCAAAUAUUUCCUGGAUUUGUGUCUUUCAUAUUUCCCCGAAAAGUGUUCAAUAUUCAGCCCCCUACGAACAUUUUCGUGGGUAAUAAAACCCGGUACGAGCAAGAUUCUCCGUCUUUGGCACGACGAUCUUACAAGAACUGUCUAUAACCCUAUCAUGGUGAAUUUUGAAAGAUGGCAAAAUAAAGACGUUAUUCUUGAUGUGAACGUUUCAAGAGAUGAUACAAAGGACGUCUUAGUUGACAGAAUUCAAAUCAAAACAAGGUUACCGUAUCCUAUUAACGAUGUUAAAAAAAUUGACGUGCAAGAAAACUACAAAUCAAACUGCGGUCAGUUUUUUUGUCUUGGCGUGCUUAUCUAUGCCUGGUGUGAUGAUGUCAUUGCUUGUGCAGGUCCGCGUCCAACAUCGUCAUCUUCAGUGUUGCCCACAACCUCAUUUCCAAAAGAAACAUCAAGUUUCACAUCACUAACGGCUUCUCAAUCAUUUUUCAAAUCUUCCCAAGCAGUCAACCAACCUUUCCAAGCAGCACCUAAGGAACACCCAAAUGUUAAUCCGACCAAGAGUUAUGAAACGCGUUCCUGGGAUAAAACAUCUUCCCGAAGUAAAACCACGAAGCAGCCAGCUGUCCCCAGAGCAGGGGAGGCGAGGGGUAAUGACGAGACCCAACACUGGUGGGUGUGGGUGGGGAUAGCUUUUUUAAUCGUGCUUUUUCUGGUCGUGGUGACUGGGUUCGUGUUUCUCAGAAUCAAACGAAGGUCGAAGGCAAAGAAAGCAAAGAUUUCUGUGGAGCUGAAGAAAACUGAAGCAAAAGAAAACUACGGAUUUUCAGGAUCAAUGUGAGGGAAAACGUUUAAGAGAAAUGGAAAGGUACAAACUGGUUUGUUCCCUCAAAACUCGCACUUGAUGUAAACACAAGAUGAUUUAUGUAAUAGAGUAAAGCCCCGGUCAAACGGGAAUGAUAGUUGAUGAAAGUUGAGAAGCGAGAGUUUGCACGAGAGUUUUCCAAACAUUUUGCAGUAUUGUUCUGUCACUAGUCAGAGUCUAGUCUGCUACGAAAUGCAAACCGCUGGCGCUUUUGCAACUCUCAUCAACUCUCAUGACCGAUCAAACGCGCCCAAACUCUCAUCAACUCUCAUCAAAAUUUGAACCAGUUCAAAGUCUAUGAGAGUUGAUGAGAGUGCACGAGAGUGUAUGAGAGUUCGCGGUCAAACGCAAGCGAGAGUUGCAACUCUCAUCAACUCUCAUCAACUCUCAUCAACUCUCAUUCUCGUUUGACCAGGGCUUAAAAAGAAUACGAAAGCUUUUAAAACAGCAUUCUUUUAGCAUCUUCUACUGGGUAAAUUAUUGCAUCAUUACGUAGCUAUAUAUGCCAGAACAAAAUAUUCAGUAAAAUUCAUAAUUUCUGCUACGCAACGAACAUAUAUUGAUGUAUAAAACUAGACGCAUUUCUCUGCCCAAUUGAGACAAAGUUAAUCAACAUAUAUAGCUCCAAGCAUACGGUAAAAAAGUCAAGAAAUAAUUCUCAAUCAACAUUUCCAGUCGUGGGUAAAGGUGUCUAUGUCUAUAAACAAUAUUGCUAAUCAUUAGAGGUUUUGGCCGAACUGACUCCAAGGAUAUAUUUGAGUUUAAAUUGUCAGUUAGUCUAAGUUAAUUACAAAUAAUAAACACCGUUCUAUUUAAACUUUGCUAUCAGUCCUUUCCUUCAUGACGAAGUCACCAAGCAGUGUUACUAACAC